AUGUCCAGCAAUCGAACCCUCAGCGCUCGGGCUUCCACCAGUGCUCUCGGUCGUCAGUACUCAAGGAUCUUUAAUGAUUUCUCUGGUGAAGAAUCAAAGAAGUCACUCCGUCGCAGUUCUCUGGCUGAUAACAUCACGAAUGAUAACUUGAACAAAAAUGACAUGGACACGUCCAGAAUUCUCAAAAACGAAACCAACCAGAAUCCUCAAGUUUCGACGCCUGUUGGCUCCAAUUCUGUUCCUCAUUCAUCACACUCGGGUGGUCCAAAUAUUGCCUCCUCGACCACCCCAGAUCCCGGCAGUCAUACUGAAGGAGUCUCGUCAUACAAGAGGAAGAGGACAUCGGACUCCGAACUUGACAAACAGAGUUCCAUCUACAAACUUUGGUUGGAGACUGAAGAUCCCAAGUCCCUGCUCAGGGACAAUCAGCCUGCAGAAGUGCUUCUAAGAUACAUAAAGUCGUGGAAAAUGGCCAAUAAGAUGCGUUCUAAGCUGGUUCAAAAUCCUUGCUUAGUGGACAGUGACAUGCUCAAAGGGGCUGUCGCCUGGCUUGAAGAGUUCGAUUGGUUUUCAGAUAGUUACUGCAAGGCAUGCAAGAGACAUCAACAUGAACUUUGGAAUGACUUGUCGGGACUGAUCUUCUGA